ACUGACGUGAGUGGACGCAGAUGCGUCAUGAUGUUUGUUGUUUUUGAAUCCAGCACAGACUCGUUUGUGUUUUGCCAUUAACAGUAAGCAGUGGCAAGAAACGGAGCGGGUUUGCGGCUGAAGUGAUAUUAAGAGCACACAGAACAUGCCAAAUGCUGGCUUGUUUGACGAGACCGGCUCGAAGAAGACGUUAAAGGCUGCUGUGUUGGUCAACGCUUGAACCCCACAGUAGGAGGAGAAAUGGGGAACACGGCGACUAAGUUCCGUAAGGCUCUCAUCAACGGAGACGAGGUGCUGGCCUGCCAGCUCUACGAGAGCAACCUGCAGUUCAAGGAGGCUCUGGAUCCCAACGCUACAUAUGGAGAGUCCUACCAGCACAACACUCCUCUGCACUAUGCUGCCCGCCACGCCAUGAUGCGCCUACUCAGGUUAUUUCUCCUAAUCAAAGACGGUAAUCCCAACAAGCGUAAUGUGCACGAUGAGACGUCGCUGCACCUUCUCUGCAUGGGACCUCGGAUCCUGACCUGCGAGGGGGCGCUGCAGCCACGGAUCUCACGGCCGUACGAAGACGAGCAGCGUCGAGCAGAUUGCCUGCAAAUCAUCUUAGCGUGGAAAGGAGCGAAGCUGGACCACGGAGAGUACGAGGCCGCCGAUGUCAACGCCGUUGACAAAAAGAAAAAUACCUGCCUUCACUACGCAGCUGCCUCGGGCAUGAAGACUUGUGUUGAGCUGCUGGUGCAGAAAGAAGCGGACCUGUUUGCGGAAAACGAAAACCGCGAGACUCCAUGUGACUGUGCAGAGAAGCAGCACCACAAGGAUUUGGCCCUACGCCUGGAGUCGCAGAUGGUCUUCUCUGUGGCCCCCGAGGCCGAGGGUAUAGAAGCAGAGUACGCAGCUCUCGACCGAAGAGAGCUGUACGAGGGCCUGCGGCCUCAGGAUCUACGGAGGCUGAAGGACAUGCUGAUUGUGGAGACGGCUGAUAUGCUGCAAGCUCCUCUUUUCACUGCAGAAGCUCUGCUCCGUGCCCAUGACUGGGACAGAGAGAAGCUCUUGGAGGCCUGGAUGAGCAAUGCAGAGGAAUGCUGCCAACGUUCGGGGGUGCAGAUGCCGAACCCACCUCCGAGUGGCUACAACGCGUGGGACACGUUGCCGUCACCCCGGACCCCUCGCACCACCCGCUCCUCCAUCACCUCCCCGGACCAGAUCAGCCUCUUGCCCGCUGACGACGAGUCUUCUCUGUGUGGCAUCUGUUUGUCUUCCAUUUCCUUCUUUGAAGAACCCGUUGACAUGUCAUGCGGCCAUGAGUUUUGCAGAGCAUGCUGGGAAGGGUUUUUAAACCUAAAAAUUCAAGAGGGAGAAGCCCACAACAUUUUCUGUCCUGCCUACGAUUGUUACCAACUAGUGCCAGUGGAAGUCAUAGAAAGUGUGGUCUCCAGGGAGAUGGACAGGCGCUACCUCCAGUUUGAUAUUAAGGCGUUUGUGGAAAACAAUUCAGCGAUCCGCUGGUGUCCUGAGGCGGGAUGUGAAAGAGCGGUACGACUGAACACUCAGGGCCCUGGGACCUCCACUGUCGACCCUCUAAGUUUUCCUCUGCUUCGGGCACCUGCUGUAGACUGUGGGAAGGGCCACCUCUUCUGCUGGGAGUGUCGAGGUGAGGCCCACGAGCCCUGUGACUGUGAGACCUGGAAGCUGUGGCUACAGAAAGUCACUGAGAUGAAACCUGAGGAGUUGGCGGGUGUGAGUGAAGCUUAUGAGGAUGCAGCAAACUGCUUAUGGUUGCUCACUAACUCUAAGCCCUGUCCCACCUGCAAGUCUCCGAUACAGAAAAACGAGGGCUGCAAUCACAUGCAGUGCACCAAGUGCAAGUAUGACUUCUGCUGGAUCUGUCUGGAGGAGUGGAAAAAACACAGCUCAUCAACAGGUGGCUACUAUCGCUGCACUCGGUACGAAGUCAUCCAGCAGGUGGAGGAGCAGUCCAAGGAGAUGACAGAAGAGGCAGAGAAGAAGCACAAGAGCUUUCAGGAACUUGAUCGUUUUAUGCACUACUACACACGCUUCAAGAACCAUGAGCACAGCUAUCAGCUCGAGCAGCGCUUGUUAAAAACUGCCAAAGAGAAGAUGGAGCAACUCAGUCGAGCUCUAAGUCAAAGGGAUGGAGGCUCGCCUGACACCACAUUUAUUGAAGACGCCAUCCUAGAACUGCUUAAAACUCGUCGUAUCCUCAAGUGCUCUUAUCCUUACGGGUUCUUUCUGGAGCCGAAAAGCACAAAGAAGGAAAUCUACGAGCUUAUGCAGACGGACUUGGAGAUGGUGACCGAGGACCUGGCACAAAAAGUUAACAGACCAUACCUGCGAACGCCACGUCACAAGAUCAUCCGUGCGGCGUGUCUUGUACAACAGAAAAGACAGGAGUUCCUGGCCUCGGUAGCCAGGGGGGUGGCACCUAAUGACUCGCCUGAAGCCCCCAGACGCAGUUUCGCUGGUGGAACAUGGGACUGGGAAUAUUUAGGCUUCGCAUCACCUGAGGAGUAUGCAGAGUUCCAGUACAGACGGAGACAUCGGCAGCGCAGACGAGGGGACAUGUCCAGCGUCCGAAGCAACACACCCGACCCCGAUGAUCUCAGUGAUUCUGCUUUAGACGCGCAGGAUUCUGGAGGUGGACGCAGACCAGGCCCUUUGAUGGGUCUUGAUUCCCUGGAUGAGGAUGACCCCAACAUUUUACUGGCUAUCCAGCUGUCACUCCAAGACUCAAGGAUGGCAGGGAGUGGGUCCAACCAAGAUAUCCUCGCCAACGAAGCUUCACUCGGUGCUAUUGGCACCUCCUUGCCUUCUAGGCUGGAGCAGAGCGCUCCAGGUGUUGAAGUCCCACCCAGAGCUUCCUUCAGCAGCUCAGAGCUGCUGGAGCUCGGAGAUAACUCGGCGAGACUCGGCACCGUCUGCAGCCAGUACUCUGCCGCUGCGGGCGGGUCCAUCUCCGCGCAGCACUGCGACGCUCAUCACCGGGCGUCCAUGCCUGGAGGCCGUAACUCUUCCACGGGCCUCUUCUCCUCUUCCACAGACACAACCGACUCCAUCAGCCACGACCCGUCUUUGUCCUCUGCACUGCCCACAAACGCCAACCUGCUCGGCAACAUCAUGGCUUGGUUUCACGACGUGAAUCCUCAAGGCAUCACCCUGGUCCCCCCAAUGUCCUCCGACACAGAUUCAAACCUGAGUCCAGACCUUGCGGGCAGAGAUUACCUCCCAGAUGACGACAGGAAACCUCAGGAAACGACAGCAGACAUGAGCCUCUGCUCUCAGAGGCCGGGCGACGUGGAGGAGAGAGAGUGCGCCGUUGCAGAGAGGCCGACUCAGUUAGAUCUGGUGGGGCUAGACGCCAUGCCGCUACCUUACAUGGCAGCCAUCGACGCCGAGCUCGCAGAGGGCACGGGCUCAAAGAGCCGCCACGUUGACACUCCGAGAUGUGACUCCGGGUCCGACCAGCUGCCCAGCACCAGCUCCUCAGAGUGGGAGGAACACGUGCACCUGGUAUGACCUGCUCACCUGAGACUGGGGGGCUUCAAACCACUACAAAGUUGAAGUAAGCUACUCUAGUGGAAUGUAGUCAGAAUGAAAAGUCAGUCACACCCAGCUGGUAAAGCUGGGAAGAAGGAUUAAAUUCUUUAGUUUCAGUGCAAUCAGAUCACUUCCUCCUUUUUUUUUUUCUGCUACUGUAAGUAUGCUUAUCUCCUGCAAUCAAAACACUAAUAAGAUCACAAUUACCAUUUCCUGGGAGGUGUUUCCUGUGAUGAACGUUGUUCUGAUAAAGAUAAGUAGCCUUCUCUAGAAUCAAGUUUAGUAGAAAUGAAAUCUGUGGAACUUUUUAGCUACGCGAUUUUAUUUUUUCCUCCACUGUUUUAAAAUCUACUGUAUCGUUCCGCACCAGGUGAGCAGAUAAAGAUUUUACUUCAGUAUUUAAACAGUUUCUACACAGGCUGAGUCCGUUCUCAGUCUGCUCAUAUCUGCCUAAUUUCUAGGUGCCAAACACUGACUAACAAAAAAAGCACAGUUUGCAAUCACCAAGUGGAUUCUUUAAAGCAAAUUGUGCCUGCUUCUCACAGUCUCAGCGAGCCUAAAUGUGAACUCCUCGAGCCAUAUUUCUAUUUAAGACGGUGGCUCGGAUAUUUUUCAAGAUCCACUCGCUAAAAAGUUGUGUGCCGUGUAAAGAUGUACAAAACAGAACCACGACGGUUGUGUAACUUUAUGUGAAGCCCUGGCAUUAGGAAAAAAACAAAGAUUAUUGUUGAAGUGAGGAAAAAAAAAAGCAUGUGGCCCGGAUUUCAAAAUGGACGUGUUCAUCUCAAAGCCCCGGUUUGGAUGGGAGGGGGUGGGGUGGGGAGNGGUGGGUGCUGAGAGCUUCAAAACCGGCAAACGCUGACAGGCCCAGAGGGGCUGCGCAGUGUGAUGCAGCGCACACGGUCGGAUCAGCUCACUUUGAAACGAGUCGUGGCUCUUCUUAAAGUUUGAGCUGUGCUAAAAAGAUGUCUUGUUUUUAUACCACAGGGACGGACGGUCGAUAAGAUAACCACACCGUCACCUCUAGACUUUGAUGCAUUAAUUAUUACAGCUCAGUUCAGUGUAGGAGUUUAAAUAAAAAAAAAAAA